CACGCUGUUUUCCCGACGGGCCCUGAACGCAGCAUCUGUCCAGGGGCGGGUAACCGAGCAGUAUGGCGGACGAUGGAGACAGUUGGAGCGGACCAGCGGACACCAGCGGCGGGCAGGCGGCCGCAGACGAGUCGGACGGGCUGGGCCUCGGUGCCAUGUUGCUGAACGUCGGUAUCUUGGCGGUGGCGGUGGCCGUGUGUCUGCUGGCGUACCGGCGGUGGGGCAAGAGACUCGGUGUCGACCGGGCCCAGGGCGACGAGGCCUCGGCUCUGCCCAAGAUGAGGAGACGCGACUUCUCUCUGGAGCAGCUGCGGGAGUACGACGGGCUCCUCAACCCGCGCAUCCUCAUGGCCGUCAACAUGAAGGUCUUCGACGUGACCAGCGGUAAAAAGUUUUAUGGGAAAGAUGGUCCUUAUGGCAUUUUCGCGGGCCGGGAUGCUUCAAGAGGCCUGGCCACCUUCUGCCUGGAGAAAGACGCUCUGAGGGACGAAUACGACGACCUGUCGGACCUCAACGCUGUGCAGAUGGAGAGCGUCAGGGAGUGGGAGAUGCAGUUCAUGGAAAAAUACGAUUACGUUGGGGCGGUUGCUGAAACCGGAGACGAGCCGUCGGAGUACACGGACGAGGAGGACAUCAAGGACCAUCUGAAACACGACUGAGCGGUUUCCAUCACACACCGACCAAAGCCAGGAGCCCCAAACAGCUGCGGCAGACCGACCGCCCCAGACUUCCUCUUCCUUUCCUAAUCCUCCUCUUCCUCUCCUCCUCCUCCUUUCCCUCCCCACCCCAUCGAUCUACCUGCCACUCCUACUUCACCCCAAAACUCUUCACUCCUGAAUCCCGUCUGGUGCCGUGGCUGUUUUUCUUGGAAGGGCGACGACUCAAAGUCUCCAAUGCCCGGCUCUCCCUCCCUUCCUCCCUCCCUGCCCCCCCCCCCACUCCCUCUCCCUCUCUCUCUCUCUCACUCUUUUCAUCCUGCAAAGAUUUACCAACAGAGAGCGAUAGGAUAGAAAAACCUUCGCUGUUUUUUUAAAAACGACAGGAACGUCUGGGGGUGAAGGAGGAAGAGGAGGAGAAGAAGAAGAAAGGGGGAAGUGGAGUGUGAGGUUGUACCAGUUUAGAUGUAUCUGAAACAAAAAGAAACCCACCAAAUAUUUUAGUCAUUUCUCCACGAAGGUGAGGAGAGGGGAGGGGAGGGGAACAAAAACUAAAAAAAAAAAAAAAAAAGAGGUGUGUGGCCCGGCUCCGUAUGUUGAACGGUCAUUGCGGUCGCCACUGAUGCUGCUUCCGCCGACGCCGGCACGCGCCAGGUGAAGGUGAAGGUGAAGGUUGGUCGGGGUCGGAGUAACGUCAUUGGUCAGAGGUUGAUCAGUGGAAUGAAAAAAAUUCGGGAUGGGGAAACAGAUUUCUCUCUCUUUUUAUCUUUGGUUUUGUCACAUCGCAAAAAUGAAACUGCUUCCGCUUCGGACAGCUUUAUCAAUCAAUCACUUCUGUUGUUGUUUUUGGUUUUUUUUUCUUCAUUCAAAUCAUUUAUUACUACCCCCUUCCUCCCCCCCUUCUUUUUUCUUCUUUUUUUGUCGAAAGGUGCAGUGCAGUGCUGUGGCCUAACCAAAGGGCAAUUGGCAGGGCGUCGCAUUUUCCUGUUGUGUUUUGUAGUGUAUGCACUACUUUAGUUUUCUUUGUUUGUCACCAUGUGAUUGUAUUUGUUGCGUAGCAUAGAGGGAGGGAAGGGUGGGGGGAAAAGGGGAAUUUGCUCUCUUUUUUUUUUUUUUCUUUUGGGGAUUUUUUUGUGGGGUGGGGGGGGCGUUGGGGUUAAAGGUUUUUUGCCAUAUGAAAUUUUCUUUCAUUCUUUUUCUUUUUUGUUUUAAUCACAUCAGACGGACUGAAUCACUGAUCGGGAAUACAAAGGGAAAAGUGAUGAAUGGCAGUCCUAAUCAAAUCGACUCAAUUGUUUACAUGCCUCACAAGCCAGCUGCAAAGUCUGUAGAUUUACCCCCUUUCCCCCCCCCCCCCCCCCUUUUCUUUUUUUUUGUUUUGGAAAAAUGGUCCAAGUAUUAAUUGUGCCUUAUUUUGUUCGUCAGUUGUGUCAGUCGUUGACCGGUCUAACAGAAGAGGCAAAAAGAGGAGGGAUGGGAGGAUGUGGAGGUGUUUGGUUUUCCCUAUAGACUCGGUCCCCCAGACUUUAAAAAAAGAAAAAGAAGAAGAAGGCAUACGUUCGUUCUUGUCAGUCGUUCCACGCACAGACUGUAAUUAUUUCCCCCCCACCACACACAAACUCUGUAAAUAUACCGUAUAAAUUACUCAGUGUUACUGCCAUAUUUAUGUAGUUGAUAACUCCAUAUACGUAUACUGCUAUGUCGUAUUGGCCAAAACCCCCAUUUGGUUUAUUUUGUUUGUUUGUUUGUUUCUUUUUUUUCUUUUUCUUUUUCUUUUGUUUUGUUUUUUCUUUCAAUUUCUUUUUAAAAACGUGGGUGAAUUUCCAAAAAAAGAGUUUAAAAAAAAAAAAAAGGAGGAAGCGUUGCAAAAAGUGCUGCAGGGUGGGACCGGGAGCUGUUCGUUCUUUCGAAUUUUUCUUCGGAGACGUUGCUUAUCCUGUAAAUAUAUCUAUCAUUUUAUUAAAAAAAAGCAUGUGCAACAACACCUUGUGAGCUAUGCCGAAUUCCCACCACGUCAUUGUAUUUAAAUGUUGGGUGUGUGUGUGUGCGUGUCUGCGUGACAGAGGCAGGAAGGGAUUUGUUCAUGCAUAAUAAAAAUCGAUUUGGUUAAUAAUUGCAAGAUGUCUGUUAAUUAUUUUAUUCGCUUUUAUUUGAAAGGAAAGUGCUUUUAUUGAUUCCUG